ACUUCCGGUGUGAGAGGUCGCAAAGAAGAUGGCGCCGUCCAAGACGAAACAUGCCAACCAGGCUUGUGUUAUUCCAGGAGGUUUUACAGUGCUUUCUCUACAGUUCAGUACUGACAGUGUUGCCCAGCACAAAAUAUGUGUAAAAGAGCACCGGGUGCGAGCAGAGAAAACCACACAAAGACCCCUGGACAGAACACUGUUUGUCCUUAACAUUCCCCCAUAUUGCUCUGAGGGUGUGAUAAAGGAGCUCUUCUCUCAGUUUGGUCCUGUUCAGUCUGUGGAGCUGAGAGAGAAGCCAGGGUCCUUUGAGCACUCAGGACCCAAGCUGGCCAAGUAUUUCACACCAGCACAAAAACAGGGGUUCAGAGUGGGUUACAUCGUGUUUCAGAAGGCCAGCAGUAUUACAGCAGUGAAGUCCCAUCCCCAUGAUGUCCCAUUGGUUGUUUCCACAGAGCAGCGACCUGUGUGGACAGGUCUACAGAAAUGGAUUCAUCAGUACAAGCAGUCAUUUGCUCAGCCAGACAAACUACAGGAGGCAGUUGACACCUUCAUGCAGGAUUAUGAUAAGAGAAAAGAAGAGGUCAAAUUCUCCCCCUGUAUCUCAAUCUCAACUCAUUUUGGUAUUUCUGUUAACAUUUUUUUUCUUACCCAGGAGGCAGAGCGACAAAAGGAGGAGGCUGAGGAGCAGCUGGAGGAUGAGGAGGGCUGGGUAAAAGUUACCAGGGUUAAAAGCGGGACCAAGACCCGCCCCCACAGUGAGGUAUCCAAUCAGAAAGCUCUGCAGAAGGAGAGCAGAAAGAGGAAGCGAAAGGAGCUCAUGAACUUCUACACCUGGCAGCACAGAAACACACAGAAAGAACACAUCGCUGAACUGAGGAAAAAGUUUGAAGAGGACAAACAGCGAAUUGCUUUGCUAAGAGCACAGAGGAAGUUCCGACCUUACUGAAUUAAGUUUCUCCCCACCUUCCUGUUUUUUAAACCACCUAACCACACCAUUGAUGUCAAUAAAUAUCAAUUUAUUCUG